AUGGGGAUCCCCGGACUCAUCAAUGCCAUCGGCCCUGGAGAACGGAUAUCACUAUCCAAACUGGCCAUAACGCAUCUGGAACAAACAGCAAGGCCCAUCCGUAUCGCGGUUGAUAUCUCAAUAUGGCUGUUCCAGGUGCAGGCAGGGCGAGGCGGAAGGAACCCCGAAAUCCGGACACUGUUCUACCGACUUUUGAAAUUUUUGGCAUUACCCAUUCACCCUCUCUUUGUCUAUGAUGGGAAAAAUAAACCGCCGUUUAAACGAGGGAAAGCGGUUUCUGGACAGGGAAAUGCGCCUAUUAUCCAGAUAUCAAAGCGCUUGAUCGAUCUAUUUCGGUUUCCUAGACAUGAUGCCCCGGGAGAGGCAGAGGCGGAAUGUGCGAAUCUGCAGAGAGCGGGUAUUGUCGAUGCUGUGAUGAGCAAUGAUGUUGAUGCUAUGAUGUUUGGGUCGAAGAUGACUAUCAUGAAUUUCUCCAAGGAGAGUGGUAGUACCACUUCUGCAUCGCAUGUUACUUGCUAUCGGAUGGGCAAUCAAGCAGAUACGCCUAAUGUUGAUCUCGACCGUCCCGGUAUGGUUCUUUUCGCGAUGCUCAGUGGAGGUGACUACCUGCCCUCUGGUGUCCCGAAGUGCGGUAGCAAAUUGGCAACGGAGAUCUCAAAGGCCGGUUUUGGAUCGGAUCUCUUGGACGCAAUCAACGCCAAAGGCACGCAGCGAACGGAGCAGUUGAGCGAAUGGAGAGAGCGGCUCCAGUAUGAAUUGGAAGAGAACGAAAGUGGCUACUUCAAUACCAAGCACAAGGCUGUCCGGAUUCCACAAAGUUUUCCAGAUCAGACGAUUUUGGAGUACUAUGCGUCGCCUGCUGAAUCAAAUACCGAAGAACUUGAAAUUUUGCAACGCCGCUUAAUGAACGAUUGGGACCAGGACAUUGAUCCUUUGGAGAUCAGGAAUUUUGCCGCAAGACUUUUUGAUUGGAAUUACCGCUCUGGAGCGCGGAAAGUUGUACGACUGCUUGCAGAGCCUUUGGUUUCUUACAAGAUCCGUCUCAGAAGACAACUUAACGGUCCGUCAUUGUCGAACAGCGAUAUUCCUAUGCUGCGGAAAGUCUACAAAAGUCGCACAAAUUACAGUACAGAUGGUCUGACGGAGUUGCAAGUCGACGUCAUUCCAAUAAACAUUGUUGGUCUGGACCUUUUCGCAGAGGAACCCAGCCCCCCGCUUCCAUCACAGGGAUCACAGGAAGCGGCAGCAUCCGGCGACGAAGUGGACGAUGACCUCGAAGCUCCUGUUGAGCCUGUCACUCAAUCCCCUGUCAAGAAACGAGUGACUAAGCGAUACGACCCCUACGCACCAGAGAAGAUGUGGGUAUUUGAAGCCUUGGCUAGAAUCGGCAUCCCAGACGUCGUCGAACAGUGGGAAAAAGAACGAGCCGCGAAGUUAGCGCCAAAGAAGCCAAGUACUCGAAAGACAGGCCCUAAGAAUAAGGGACCGCUAGACCCAGGGAUGAAACGCGGAAGUAUCUUGAAAUACGGUACACUCACGAAACCACGCCCCGAGGUCUCUCAGUUCAAACAAGCGCAGCUAUUCGAAGCAGCACUCCCCAGUACACCGAACUCAAGCCAACUGUCGGGGAUAGGAUCACAAAACCGCACAGGUACAGCAUCUCCAAAGUCCCACAUGCCAGGUCCUGGGACAUCCUGGGCAGACAGUCUGGACAACCUCGUUGACAUCUUCUCUCCCUCAUACACAAUGCCUCCCGAAUUAAAUGCAAAAGGCCGUAGCCGCGGCAGACCCCGUCUCGAAUCCCGGCGCGCAGCGAUCUGCUCAGACGGUGUCGAAGUAGUGGACUUGGAGGCAUCAGGUGAUGAGUUCACCCUGAACGUUCCCUCUCCACCUCCGACCCGUCCACGGAAGCUUAAAAUCAGUGUCGACUAUCCGGCCUUUCCAGAGGUAGAGAAGAAACCCAAAUCCAAACCGAAGACGAAGACGAAGGCGAAGACGAAGACGAAGACCCCUACACCAUCACCCUCACCCUCAUCCUCACCCUCCCCUACCAAGAAGAGCAACAGACGCGCCCAGAAAGACAUUCAGGGCGAUCCGGAGGAUCGGAAAACCGCCAAGAAACUGGGCGAAUCUUUGUCCAAGCCAUCAUCGAAACAUAACCCUGUUUCUGGUGGACAGCCUGGAUCCCGUGGUUGCAUCGAAUCAGCACCCCCAAAGCGCCGGUCGCCGAGGAAGAAGACACCAACACCAAGUACCAAUGAACCCACCAUAGAGCACAAGACAAACAAUAUACCCUCAUCAGUCAUGGAAUAUCUUCCGCAAGAAACACCAAUUAAGAAAGCAGAGAAGAAAAACCAGGAACUAAAGCAACGCGCGAAAAAGAAUAAAGAGCCAUCACGUUCUGAAUCUCUCGAAGCCAACGGCUCUCAAGAACAGACCAAACCGUCCGAAGAUCUGCCAAUUCCCAAGAAGAGAACAUCGCAGCAUGUCGAAGCCGUAAUAACGCACGACGGUUCCUGGGCUAUGGAGCCUGCUUCUGAGUCUGAGAAUCAUGGCAGUGCAAAGGAUGGGGAUGACUCGGGGAGUCAGCGCAAGGAGACGAAGGCAAAUAAGAAGCGUAUUCCGCGUGUUAGCAUCUUGGACCUGGUUGAUUGA